CCUGGGCCGGGAAGGGGCCGCGUCGGUGGCAGGAAGCGCGCUCCGCCGAGGUCGUCGCGAAACCAGCUGGGGACCCCCGCAGGAUGAACCACAAGAGCAAGAAGCGGAUCCGCGAGGCCAAGCGCAGUGCGCGCCCGGAGCUGAAGGACUCGCUGGACUGGACCCGGCACAACUACUACGAGAGCUUCUCGCUGAACCCGGCGGCCGUGGCGGAUAAUGUGGAGAGGGCAGACGCCUUACAGCUGUCGGUGGAAGAAUUUGUGGAGCGAUACGAAAGACCUUACAAGCCGGUGGUUCUGCUGAAUGCCCAAGAGGGCUGGUCAGCGCAGGAGAAAUGGACUCUGGAGCGCCUAAAAAGGAAGUACCGGAACCAGAAGUUCAAGUGCGGGGAGGAUAACGACGGCUACUCGGUGAAGAUGAAGAUGAAGUACUACAUCGAGUAUAUGGAGAGCACUCGAGAUGACAGCCCCCUUUACAUCUUUGACAGCAGCUACGGCGAACAUCCCAAGAGAAGGAAACUUUUGGAAGACUACCAGGUGCCCAAGUUCUUCACUGACGACCUUUUCCAGUACGCGGGGGAGAAGCGCAGGCCCCCUUACAGGUGGUUUGUGAUGGGACCACCACGCUCUGGAACUGGAAUUCACAUCGACCCCCUGGGAACCAGUGCCUGGAAUGCUUUAGUGCAGGGCCACAAGCGCUGGUGCCUGUUCCCCACCAGCACGCCCCGGGAGCUCAUCAAGGUGACCCGAGAAGAAGGAGGGAACCAGCAGGAUGAAGCUAUUACCUGGUUUAAUAUCAUUUAUCCCCGGACACAGCUUCCAACCUGGCCACCCGAAUUCAAACCCCUAGAAAUCUUACAAAAACCAGGAGAGACUGUCUUUGUACCAGGAGGCUGGUGGCACGUUGUCCUCAAUCUGGAUACCACCAUUGCCAUCACCCAGAACUUUGCCAGCAGCACCAACUUCCCUGUUGUCUGGCACAAGACGAUACAGCACGGGCAGCGGCAGUGCAAGCCACCCCCAGCCACCCCGUGCCACUGUGUCCCAACCCUGACCUGGAGGGACCAGCUCUCGGGGAUCCUGAAGCAGGAGCACCCCGAGUUGGCAGUCCUCGCCGACUCGGUUGACCUCCAGGAGUCCACCGGGAUCGCCUCCGACAGCUCCAGCGACUCCUCCAGCUCCUCCAGCUCCAGCUCGUCGGACUCGGACUCGGAGGUGAGGCCCCGCUCACUCACCAGGCCUCCAGGGCAGGUCUCCCCGAAAAACCAGAUGACUCCUUCCUCCCAUCAGGAGGGAGAAAGAUGUGGACGUUUUUUCCUUUCUUCCAAGAGCUACAACUGCCGUCACCCUGCUGUGGAGUGGCCUUGGCCAGUGCUCUAGCUGUAUGUGCAUCGGCACAGUAAUCCCGAGGUCAGAGGAGGGCUCGGGGUUCAGCAUGUGAGAGCCCAGGGCCACACAGCUAGCAGCAGCGGUGUCGGAAAUUCAGGCUCCGAGCAUUCUGACCUCGUGGUCCAGGUGAAGAAUGUUCCCUGUGGGUGCUAAAGCGUGAGCCUAGAACCCAGCAAAUUCUGCGACCUGCUAAAAGCUAACAUAAAUUGGGUGAGGGUCCUGCGCCCUGAGCGGAUGAAAUUUCUGUCCGUUAAGGCGUACUCUACUGAUUGCAUCUUUUCUCGUGGGAGGUGGUAUGUUUUAUGAAUGUUAAGUGCUGUACUUAACCUUCACACAUCAGGCCAUGUGGUUCAGUGAAAUUCUAUAAUGCCACCUCAGAAUGAUGACUGAUGUUCUCAGGGUGGGUGUCCUGAUUUCAGAGAAGCCUUCAUCAGAGAGCACCGGGCGGGGGGCACUGCCGCCUGCGGGAAGAUUGUCAUUGUUUGGGAGCCAGAAACGUCUGAGAUGGAUACUCAGACUGCAUUGCGGGGCGGUCACAAAUGGCUGCUUUGCUUCUGGGAGAAGUGAACCGUGUGUGCUGUCUCCUGAGGUCAGAGGCUCCGUCCGCGCUGAAUUCC